AUGGCCAGAUCAACAAACAGAAGCGCCAAGGAUGGAGAUUCAAGGGUCGACCCCAGGGAACUGUCUCUUGAAGAAGUGUUGAAAUCCUACGAGCAGCCCAUUAACGAGGAGCAGGCUUGGGCUGUGUGUUAUCAAUGCUGCAGCGGGCUGAGGGUGCCGCGCCCGGCCACUGUGACAGGUGGAGUUUCCCGUGUGAAGGACCCGUCCUCUAUACUCUUACUCAGAGAUGGGAUGGUUUCCCUACAACAACAGCUCUGCAACAACCCGAUUGUGUUAGCUGUGUUGUUGGCUAGCUCCUCCGCUCAGCUGGUCCAGUCUCUGGGCGUGGCAAUCUACCAGGCCCUGGACUGGGGUCUGGAUGACAGUGAGGAGCGGGAGCUGAGUCCUCAGCUGGAGCGACUCAUUGAGCGCAUGGCAGGGGGAGAUCACAGCCUGGGGGCUGACUGUGGUGGUGGCAACGGAACUACAGAUGAGGGCUACAGUGGUCAGGAGGAGGAGGAAGAGGAAGGAGAAGAGGGGUCUAUGAGGCCAGUGGGUACAUUACGCCAGGUGAUGACACUUUGCGCUUCCAGACUUGCCAACCCUGCACUUGCCCCUGAGCACUACCAGGCCGUGUGCCGAGCCUUGUUUGUUGAGACUCUGGAGCUACAAACUUUCCUGACCAAAAUCCAAGAUACCAAGAAGAUGUUGAAGAAAAUCAAAACAGACGAUCCUCAGGAAGAUAGAGCUGAGAUUGAUGCACUUAAACACACAGACUGGACUCGUCUCUGGGUCCAGUUGAUGAAGGAGCUGAGACAGGGGGUGAAGCUGAAGAAGGUGCAGGACCAGGAGUUUGACCCACUGCCCACUGAGUUCAGCCUCACACCCUUUGAGAUGCUCAUGCAGGACAUCCGCACCCGCAAGUUCCAGCUGCGGAAAGUCAUGGUGGAUGGUGACAUCCCUACGCGGGUGAAGAGAAAUGCUCAUGAGCUUAUUUUGGACUUCAUCAGGUCUCGCCCUCCACUCAAACCAGCGUUAGAGCGAAACCUGCCCCCUCCUCCUCAGGAGAAGCAGUCCCUCCAUGAACGUGUCCUGGCUGAAAUCAAACAAGAGCGCAAACUAAAACCUGUGGACCCACCCAGUUCCAAAAGAUCGUUUGGCUCCCUGCCCUGUCUGGCACACACUUGCCCGUGUGAUUUCAAAUCUACUUCCUGCAUUGACCUGUCAGGCUCAGAGCUAGGGUCCCGCCCCACUUCUCGUCUUCGUGUUCUGCUCAAAGCCCCUACUCUUCAAGAGAUGGAGGAGAUGAACAUGUUGGAGGAUGAGGAGUCUCCAGACAGUGGGGAGCUCUGCCGUGCUGAGAGUUUUCCCACAUCUAUGAAACGGGACCGCUCCUUCUCAGAACACGACCUGGCUGAGCUCAGGGGGGAGAUGCUCCCCUCACUGUCCGACUGCACCCAUCUGGAAGGGGCCGUGAUGCGGAGGGGCUGGGUGCCACCCUCCCCUGCCCGUCUCUCUCUCAGCUCAGUGAAUGAGACCACAGAGGGAGUUGAGACCGGCUCCAGUUCUCGGAAUGGCAAUAAACACCAGUGGAUGGAGGAAUUCAGUCACCCAGUGGAGAGUCUUGCCUUAACAGUGGAUGAGGUCAUCAAUGUGCGUCGUGUGCUGGUGAAAGCAGAGAUGGAGAAGUACCUGCAGAACAAGGAACUGUAUUACAAUCUGAGGAGAGGCAAGGUGUGCUGUUGCUGCAGAAUUAAGUUCCCCCUCUUUUCCUGGCCAUCCACCUGCCUGCUCUGUAAAAGGUCUGUCUGUGGAUUCUGCAGUGCAAAGAUGAAGAUUCCUUCCAAGAAGAUGGCCCACAUCCCAGUCUACACUGUGGGCUUUCACAGCAGCCCAAAGAGCCAUGGUCGCAAGAGUGAAGUCUACAAAUCUCUGUGUACUCUUUCCCGCCGGUCUGUGGAGGAGGAGUUCCCCCACCUGUACACCAGUGGCUGCAGCCUGCGGGAUGUUUGUGCGGACUGCACCAAGUUUGUGGCUGAUGUCAUCUCGUCCAGCCGCCGGAGCCUGGACAUCCUCAACAACACUCCCAAGAGGGAGAGUGCUACGCCCAAACCACAACCACAACCCCAGCCUCACGCAUCACCACAGCCACCCACCUUGAAGAGAAAAGACAAGUGA